CUUUUUGUAAAUAAGAAGAUUUAAUACUUCACAGGCAAGUAACUAGAGUAGAGUAAUAGUUUAUCUUUUUAAUUGAAUUCCUCAUGAAUAAAAAUUGUAACCUUGUAAGUCCAUAGUUAUAAUGCUAAUAAAUCAGAAUAGUUAAGUUUAAUCCUGUCUAUUAAAAAAAAUUCCAUCAGAAUUGGUUCUAUCAGUUGGUGAAAUGACUCCAAUCCAUAUCAAUAGGCCUCUUUGUGGAAUAAACAAACACAAAGACCCCAAAGAACAAAUAGCCAGCAACAGAAAACCAAAACCUAAUCUACAGAAUGUGAUUGAUUGAUUGAUCUACUCCCUAAACCCAAAAUAAAAGCCAACAGCAAUAAGUAGAUAAUUAAGCAUGCUGUGUAGUGACAUCCUUGCAUAUAAAGGAAGGCACAAGGCUGAGGUUGAGAGAAUUCCCUGAGACCAGACUUCAGUGCUGCAGUGAGCCAUGACCUGCCAGCCUGGGCGACACAGUGAGACGUGGUGUCUAAAAAUAAAAAAUAACAAUAAAAGGAAACACUUCAACUAGGUCUCAGUUUUAACUUUUAAGAUGUAUUAAAUAAUGAGAUGUGUGAAGGAGAGGGAGUUAAGAAUUAGUCGUUAAGACAGUUCUAGGGCAAAAGUUCCAAAAGUAUUUUAAGGUAGAACAAUUGAGAAAAGGUAUUUACUCUGUUAAAUUUGCAUUCUCUUUUACAGUGAUUUGUGUUUAUUUGAAAAAAUUCAAUAGCUCUAUUGUUUUAUCAUUACACGAUUGUCUCUCAUGUAGCCAAGUAGCCAGCUUAGCCACUGUGAUGUCAAGAGAGGCAGACCCUGUAUAAUACUUUUCAUGGGGAAGAACUUCAGUGAGUUAAUCAGGAAAUAAUAAUGCCUUUUAUGAAGACAACAGGGUUGUUUUUUGUUUUUCCUAGAAAAAAAUAAUGGGUGGACUGUGGGGAGGACUUUUACCUAAAGGAGGAGAGAUGAUCAUAGUAAAGCCAGAAACUGUUAUUGAUAUUGUUUGGCUCUGUGUCCCCAUCCAAAUCUCAUCUUGUAGCUCCCAUAAUUCCCAUGUGUUUUGGGAGGGACCUGGUGGGAGAUAACUGAAUCAUGGGGGUGGAUCUUUCCCAUGCUGUUCUCAUGAUAGUGAAUAAGUCUCAUGAGACCUGAUGAUGGUUUUAAAAAUGGGAGUUUUUCUUCACAAGCUCUAUUCUCUUGUCUGCUGCCAUAUGAGAUGUGCCUUUCACCUUCUGCCAUGAUUGUGAGCCUCCCCAGCCACGUGGAACUGCCCCGGUUUCUGGUGACAGCUCCAGGGAUCAUCAGGCCUGGAGGCAAUGUGACUAUUGGGGUGGAGCUUCUGGAACACUGCCCCUCACAGGUCACUGUGAAGGCGGAGCUGCUCAAGACAACAUCAAACCUCACUGUCUCCGUCCUGCAAGCAGAAGGAGUCUUUGAAAAAGGCUCUAUUAAGACACUUACUCUUCCAUCACUACCUCUGAACAGUGCCAAUGGGAUUUAUGAGCUACGUGUAACCGGACGUGCCCAGGAUGAGAUUUUAUUCUCUAAUAGUACUCGCUUAUCGUUUGAGACCAAGAGAAUAUCUGUCUUCAUUCAAACAGACAAGACCUUAUACAAGCCAAAGCAAGAAGUGAAGUUUCGCAUUGUUACGCUCUUCUCAGAUUUCAAGCCUUACAAAACCUCUUUAAACAUUCUCAUUAAGGACCCCAAAUCAAACUUGAUCCAACAGUGGUUGUCACAACAAAGUGAUCUUGGCGUCGUUUCCAAAACGUUUCAGCUAUCUUCCCAUCCAAUACUUGGGGACUGGUCUAUUCAAGUUCAAGUGAAUGACCAGACAUAUUAUCAAUCAUUUCAGGUUUCAGAAUAUGUAUUACCAAAGUUUGAUGUGGCUUUGCAGACACCGUUAUAUUGUUCUAUGAAUUCUAAGCAUUUAAAUGGUACCAUCACGGCAAAGUAUACAUAUGGGAAGCCAGUGAAAGGAGAUGUAACACUUACGUUUUUACCUUUAUCCUUUUGGGGAGAGAAGAAAAGUAUUACAAAAACAUUUCAGAUAAAUGGAUCGGCAAACUUUUCUUUUAAUGAUGAAGAGAUGAAAGAUGUAAUGGAUUUUUCAAAUGGACUUUCUGAACACAUAGAUCUAUCUUCUCCUGGACCGGUAGAAAUUUUGGCCACAGUAACAGAAUCACUUACAGGUAUCUCAAGAAAUGCAAGCACUAAUGUGUUCUUCAAGCAACAUGAUUACAUUAUUGAGUUUUUUGAUUAUACUACUGUCUUGAAGCCAUCUCUCAACUUCACAGCCACUGUGAAGGUAACCCGUGCUGAUGGCAACCAACUGACUCUUGAAGAAAGAAGAAAUAAUGUAGUCAUAACAGUGACACAGACAAACUAUACUGAGAACUGGGGCAGAUCUAACAAUGGAAAUCAGAAAAUGGAAGCUGUUCAGAAGAUAAAUUAUACUGUCCCCCAAAAUGGAAUUUUUAAGAUUGAAUUCCCAAUCCUGGAGGAUUCCAGUGAGCUACAGUUGAAGGCCUAUUUUCUUGGUAGUAAAAGUAGCAUGGCAGUUCAUAGUCUGUUUAAGUCUCCUAGUAAGACAUACAUCCAACUAAAAACAAGAGAUGAAAAUAUAAAGGUGGGAUUGCCUUUUGAGUUGGUGGUUAGUGGCAACAAGCAGUUGAAGGAGUUAAGCUACAUGGUAGUAUCCAGGGGACAGUUGGUGGCUGUAGGCAAACAAAAUUCGACAAUCUUCUCUUUAACACCAGAAAAUUCUUGGACUCCAAAAGCCUGUAUAAUUGUGUAUUAUAUUGAAGAUGAUGGGGAAAUUAUAAAUGAUGUUCUAAAAAUUCCUGUUCAGCUUGUUUUUAAAAAUAAGAUAAAGCUAUAUUGGAGUAAAGCAAAGGCUGAACCAUCUGAGAAAGUCUCGCUUAGGAUCUCUGUGACACAGCCUGACUCCGUAGUUGGGAUUGUAGCUGUUGACAAAAGUGUGAAUCUAAUGAAUGCCUCUAAUGAUAUUACAAUGGAAAAUGUGGUCCAUGAGUUGGAACUUUAUAACACAGGAUAUUAUUUAGGCAUGUUCAUGAAUUCUUUUGCAGUCUUUCAGGAAUGUGGACUCUGGGUAUUGACCGAUGCAGACCUCAGGGAGGAUUAUAUUGAUGGUGUUUAUGACCAUCCAGAGUAUGCUGAAAGGUUUAUGGAUGAAACUGAAGGACAUAUAAUAGAUAUUAAUGGCUUUUCUUUGGAUAGCAGUCCACGUGUCCGAAAACACUUUCCAGAGACUUGGAUUUGGCUAGACACCAACAUGGGUUCCAGGAUUUACCAAGAAUUUGAAGUAACUGUACCUGAUUCUAUCACUUCUUGGGUGGCUACUGGUUUUGUGGUUUCUGAUGACCUGGGUCUUGGACUAACAACGACUCCAGUGGAGCUGCAAGCCUUCCAACCAUUUUUCAUUUUUUUGAACCUUCCCUACUCUGUUAUCAGAGGUGAAGAAUUUGCUUUGGAAGUAACUAUAUUCAAUUAUUUGAAAGAUGCCACUGAGGUUAAGGUAAUUGUUGAGAAAAGUGACACAUUUGAUAUUCUAAUGACUUCAAAUGAAAUAAAUGCCACAGGCCACCAGCAGACCAUUCUGGUUCCCAGUGAGGAUGGGGCAACUGUUCUUUUUCCCAUCAAGCCGACACAUCUGGGAGAAAUUCCUAUCACAGUCACAGCUCUUUCACCCACUGCUUCUGACGCUAUCACCCAGAUGAUUUUUGUAAAGGCUGAAGGAAUAGAAAAAUUAUAUUCACAAUCCGUCUUAUUAGACUUGACUGACAAUAGGCUACAGAGUACCCUGAAAACUUUGAGUUUCUCAUUUCCUCCUAAUACAGUGACUGGCAGUGAAAGAGUUCAGAUCACUGCAAUUGGAGAUGUUCUCGGUCCUUCCAUCAAUGGCUUAGCCUCACUGAUUCGGAUGCCUUAUGGCUGUGGUGAACAGAACAUGAUAAAUUUUGCUCCAAAUAUUUACAUUUUGGAUUAUCUGACUAAAAAGAAACAACUGACAGAUAAUUUGAAGGAAAAAGCUCUUUCAUUUAUGAGGCAAGGUUACCAGAGAGAACUUCUUUAUCAGAGGGAAGAUGGCUCUUUCAGUGCUUUUGGGAAUGAUGACCCUUCUGGGAGCACUUGGUUGUCAGCUUUUGUUUUAAGAUGCUUCCUUGAAGCUGAUCCUUACAUAGAUAUUGAUCAGAAUGUGUUACACAGAACAUAUACUUGGCUUAAAGGACGUCAGAAAUCCAAUGGUGAAUUUUGGGAGCCAGGAAGAGUGAUUCAUAGUGAGCUUCAAAGUGGCAAUAAAAGUCCAGUAACACUUACAGCCUAUAUUGUGACUUCUCUCCUGGGAUAUAGAAAGUAUCAGCCUAACAUUGAUGUGCAAGAGUCUAUCAAUUUCUUGGAGUCUGAAUUCAGCAGAGAAAUUUUAGACAAUUAUACUCUAGCUCUUAUAACAUAUGCAUUAUCAUCGGUGGGGAGUCCUAAAGCGAAGGAAGCUUUGAAUAUGCUGACUUGGAGAGCAGAAGAAGAAGGUGGCAUGCAAUUCUGGGUGUCAUCAGAGUCCAAACUUUCUGACUCCUGGCAGCCACGCUCCCUGGAUAUUGAAGUUGCAGCCUAUGCGCUGCUCUCACACUUCCUACAAUUUCAGGCUUCUGAGGGAAUCCCAAUUAUGAGGUGGCUAAGCAGGCAAAGAAAUAGCUUGGGUGGUUUUGCAUCUACUCAGGAUACCAUUGUGGCUUUAAAGGCCUUGUCUGAAUUUGCAGCCCUAAUGAAUACAGAAAGGACCAAUAUCCAAGUGACCGUGAUGGGGCCUAGCUCACCAAGUCCUGUAAACUUUCGGAUUGACACACACAAUCGCUUACUCCUUCAGACAGCAGAGCUUGCUGUGGUACAGCCAACUGCAGUUAAUAUUUCUGCAAGUGGUUUUGGAUUUGCUAUUUGUCAGCUCAAUGUUGUAUAUAAUGUGAAAGAUUUUGAGUCUCCUAGAAGACGAAGAUCUAUCCAAAACCAAGAAGCCUUUGACUUAGAUGUUGCUGUAAAAGAUAAUAAAGAUGAUCCGAAUCAUGUGGAUUUAAAUGUGUGCACAAGGUUUUGGGGCCCAGAUAGGAGUGGCAUGGCUCUUAUGGAAGUUAACCUACUCAGUGGCUUUAUGGUGCCUUCAGAUGCAAUUCCUCUGAGCGAGACAGUGAAGAAAGUGGAAUAUGAUCAUGGAAAACUCAACCUCUAUUUAGAUUCUGUAAAUGAAACCCAGUUUUGUGUAGAUAUUCCUGCUGUGAGAAACUUUAAAGUUUCAAAUACCCAAGAUGCUUCAGUGUUCAUUGUGGAUUACUAUGAGCCAAGGAGACUGGCGGUGAGAAGUUACAACUCUGAAGCGAAGCUAUCCUCCUGUGACCUUUGCCGCGAUGUCCAGGGCUGCCGUCCUUGUGAGGAUGGAGCUUCAGGCUCCCAUCAUCCCUCUUCAGUCAUUUUUAUUUCCUGUUUAACACUUCUGUACUUUUUGCAACUUCGGCUGUGAUUUAUUUUUAAAGGACUCCGUGUAACACUAAUAUUUCCAAUACUCACAUGUGAUUGUUUUGUUUUCAUAAUCAAAUAUUGCUUCUAUUUUGAAAAACAGUUUUUUUCCUUCUAUGGGGUUGGGGUGGUGGUGGUGUACAACAGGUCCUAGUGUGUAUAGCUGCAUAGAUUUCUUCACCUGGUGUUUGUAUGGAAGAUCAGAAUGAAUGCAGGUAUAUGUCUAUAUUUUCCCCUUUGAAAAUCUUUUAGGAUUUUUUUUUGAGGUGUUUGUUUUCUCCAGAAUAAAGGUAUUAUUUUAGAAUAGUUAUUCUCCUCAUUUUGUGGAAGAAAUGAACCUAGAUUCUUAAGCAUUAUUGCACAUCCAUGUUUGCUUAAAGAUGGAUUUCCCUGGGAAUGGGAGAAAACAGCCAGCAGGAGGAGCUUGAUCUGUUCCCUUCCCACCUCCAACCUAAUCCUACUGCCCACUCCACCCCACCCCGCCGCCCCAUACCCAGUGGUCUUAGUAGAUACUUCUUAACUGGAAAUUCUUUCUUUUUAGAAUAUAGGUGGUGAUUUUUUUUUUUUUGUGGCAUUGUCUUUUUUUCACUGGAAAUCUGAUCACACACCCCAGCCUUUCCCCUCCCUCUCUUUUUCCUCUAUAGAGAAAUGUGAGAGUGGCAGUACAUGUCCCUGUGCUUUGCAUGCCAUCUCAAGUUGAGGAGCAUACUGAAAACUGCCCUGGAGGGUGCUGGGUGUGCUCUCUCCUUCCACAUCCUCAGCCCCACACCAACUCUCUUUCAGGGGUGAGAGUCAGAGAGCACUGCAAUCUGUGCCUCAAGGGACUUUGAUUAGAAGAUCCUAGACCAGGAGACACUGUGAGCCAGGGCACAACAAAAUACUAGAUAAGUCGCUGCAGACUGACCUCCCUGCAAUUUGAGAAAGAAGCUGGGUUUGUGGAGAAUCAGAGCAUCUUGACAUGACUGCUGGCUGAAAGAUCUCUUUAGGUUCUGUGGAACCUCUUCUCAGCUCAGGGAUCUGAGCAUCAGACUGCCAGUCAUCUAGUGACAUCUGAUGCUCGCUGUGAACUUUUAAGAUCCCUGAAUCCUCAGCACCUCAAUUUUAGUUGCCCUGUGUUCUGAAGAGUAAUAUAAUUUAUCUGGAUGGAAAUUUUAAAGAUGUCCCCCUUUCUCCUUCUCCUCGUUCUCUCUUUCUUUCCUUUCCAUCUCCCUUUCUUCUUUGCUUUCUAAAUAUACUGAAAUAAUUUAGAUAUGAGUCAACAAUUAAUGAUCUUUUACUCAAUCUAAGAAAUGGUUUAGUUUUGCUCUUUGGCUCAUUGGCAUUUCUCUCAAGUGGACACGAGAAAAAGUAAUUGCCAUGAGCUCCAAAGAGUUUGUUUUAUGUUUUUAGUUUUUAAAAAAUAAAUCCAUCAAAAAGAAAGUAUGCAAAUGUAUCUUUUAAAGUUAAUUUUUAAAAAUGCUCUUAUUUUAGUGAAUUUUCAGAAAUUAUAGUGGAAUGAAUGGUAUAUGUUACUUACGGAUAUUUUGGAACCAUGGUAGGAAUAACUAACAUUCAAUAUUUUAAAGCUGUCAAACCUAUAUGUAGAAAAUAGAUCCCAGAGAGUGGUCUAUGAAGAGGGCAGUUAAUUAUCAAAUACCUAAUUUUCUUCCAUUUAUUUUUAAGUGGGGAAAAGUUUCUAGAUCUCUUACACCUCUGACACAAUGUUCUAAAACAGGCACUUGCUAUUAUGGGGCCUCCUUGUAAUGGUGUUUUUGCCCUUUAUACUCUGGGUGUUCUUUAAAGGUCAAAUAAUCUUAUAAUUGGGGGAGGGUCUUAGCAAAGGACUUUCGCCUCCUCUGCCCUGGACUGGGAACCUUAUAAUGAUAAUUGAUACUUUAUAUUCUUUAGUACCUAAUGUAUAGUGAACUUCUGGUGUCAUGUAUUAGGAAACACUAGGAUGGGAAGGCCACUGGAAGAGAGGUUGUAUCUGUUUUAAACCAUAUUUCCUUGUUUAAAAACUAGCGUUUGAAUACAUUUUUGGUGAAGAACUUCAGGUUUUCAAUUUAAAAGUACCUUGUAACUCAUCUGUUUUUAUUGUAAGUUAAUUGAAAGUGAAGAGGACAACAACGAGAAGGAAGAGAAAGGGUUAGCCAGCAGUGCCUCCUGGGGCACUUCUUCCUUCAUACUUCCCUUGGAGAACUUGCUCUGCUAUAAGCAGUUGACUUGGACUAAAAGUGAUUAAAAUACCACAGGCAUAAGGAGAAAAGGAGUAUAUGUAGUAGUAAUGAUCAGUAGUAUAGAUGAUUUUCUUCACAUGCUAUGGGUAAUAAUAUUAAAAUAAUCGUUUUACCAUUAAGAUUGCCUAUGCUGAAGCUCUUCCAUUUAGAAUACUGUCAAUGUCAUUUACUGGUAUGAACUAAAGCCCCUUUCUCUUCUACUGACUGGGAACCUUAAGACACCAGCAUAUCUCACCUCCCUUUCUGUUUGGCCAAUGCUUCCAGAGACUCCAUUUUGGGAAAACCUAGUAGCCAAACACUUCUAGGACAGAAUAACACUUUUAUAUUCGGUUUUACCGUCUUACUACCUUUAGUUAUUGUUUUAAAAAAGAAAUUCAAGCCCAUUAAAAUAUGUCUGCUCAAUGAAAUUCUUCCUUUUAUUGUGCUGUUCUAUUGUACUUUGUUUUUCAAACAUUCUAAAAAUAGUAUCUUUGGUUUAAUAUUUUGGAUUAUAUAUUACAAUCUGCGGAGCAUUUUGCUUAUACAGAAUAUGAUAUAUUUUUGUUACCUAGGAGUUGUGACUUACAUAUGCAAUACCAUAUCCUGAAUGUGGCAAUUUUCAGAAUUGUAGCUAGCAUAACUCUCCCUGCUCCUAUUCUUUUGAGUCUAGGUAUAAUUGUUUUUUUAAAGACGUAUUUAGCUUUAAUUUCUUCCAACUAUUUUUAUUUUGACAUAAUUCAAUUAUUUCAUUUGACAUGUCUGGCUGACUCAAGACAUUGAAAACAUUGGAACUAUGAUUUUUCUUUGCCAUUUUUAAAAAAAGAACCAUUGUAUUAACCUGCUGGUAUAUAAUCUGGAGUUCUUUUGACAACUUUACUUUUUUAAAUUUGCUUUAUUGAAUUAUUAAUACUCAUUUCUUUCUAAAAAUAUGCUGUAAAUUCUCUCUUGGCAAGAUUUCUCCCUAUGAGGGUAGUUAUUAUUUGAGUCUGCCAAGUGGUUACCAUGGGUCAAGGUGCCAUGAUAUAUUCUUGGGUGCAUUAGUUUUUUGCAUAUUGUGAAUUUAAGACACUUAUAGUAAGUGGACUCAUUUGUGAAUGGACUUCAGAACCUUUUACGUUCUCAGUAGAGGCUUCUGUUGGACAGGCAGAAGAGUAUAUUGCUCACUUUUUUUUUGUCUUCAAAUUCCAGUAAGGCAUAGCACUUUUAAGAAAUUAAAAAUUUUCCAUAAUCUAUUCAGAUGAUAUUUAUAUUAAUAUUAAAUAUCUUAUGUUACACUGGGAGUAAUUUAAGGUGCAAUUAUUUUUAUCACUACUUUGAUUAUCCUCUUCAGAAAACUAAGCAGUAAGUGUAACUUUUAAAUUAAGUAUAUGUCAGUGAGAGUAGGAUUAUUUUAACAACUAUUUCUAUCCAGUGAGUUGUGUUUUCAUGUCUCAUCAAAAGUCGGUACCACAUUUCAUCAUUUUAUAAAAUACAUUAUCAUUUUCAUUUCAAUUGUAACAUAGGAAAAUGGAUAUUUCCUGGAUGAUUUCUGAGUUUCUUACUGCAAAGAAAAGUUAUACAUUGGUAUGCAUGUGUCUCUGUAAUAGGAAGAAUAUUGAUAUAUGUGUUGCUACAGAUUUAAGAAUCAUUCUAUCUUAUGUUGUCCUUAGGCCAAGAUUUACCACUUUUGCCCAGUGUGUUGAAUUGGUGGUAGAAGGCAGUUCCAUGUUCCAUUUGUAGAUCUUUAAGAUUUUAUCUUUUGAUAACUAAUAGAAUGUCGCUCAAUUCUGGUCCUUCAAGCCUUUAUGGUUUUGAUUUUCAAUGGGGGUCAGUUGAUGUGAAGUCAAUCUCUUUUGUACCAGAAGCUUUCUAAAAUUUCAUUCACAAAUCUCCUAUUUUGGGAAGCUGUUUUGCAUAUGAGAAGAAUACUGUUGAAAUAUUUUUCCAGGAACUAAAGCUUUAUAUAUUGAUCAAGAUUCUGAAAGUUUUAAUUUUUAAUGUUGGAAUGUUAUUAUUCAUUGUACUUUAUUAUGUAUUCAAUAGAAAAUCAUGAUUUAUUAAUAAAAGUUUAAAUUCUUGUCUA